AUGGGGUUCAAGUGGAAGAAAUGUGGUUCCAAAAGAAAAUGUUUGAUUGAAAGGCUUGACAUUGUUAAUUGGAGGUUUAAGUAUUUGCGAGAGAUAAGAAAGCUAAGGGAACAAAAAAGGAAAAUUUUCUAUCUGGACGAAACUUGGAUGGACAGUAAUUUAACGUUCCAGAAAUGUUGGCAAAGUGUAGACGUCGAUGGUGUGUUGCCUGAUAUGAACGCGUCAAACCGCGUGAUUGUCGUAGACAUUGGGUCGAACGAAGGGUUUUUGCAGGGGGGUCGGCUUAUUUAUAAGGGAAACAGUGCCAAAGGAGACUACCAUGGCCAAAUGAAUUUUUCCAACUUUGAAAAAUGGAUUAGGGAACGUGUAUUGCCAAAUUUACCGUCAAAUUCAGUCAUAGUCAUUGACAACGCUCCGUACCAUGGAGAACAGGAAGACAAAGUCCCUAAUAAGUCUUCAACAAAGAAAGUAAUGGUUGAGUGGUUGUCAAAACACGGCAAAGACUACGAAGAAAUGACAACAAGGAAAGCGGAACUUUUUGAAGCCAUUGAAAGACUUAAACCACCACAAAAAGUUUACAAAAUUGAUAACUUGAAGUACAUCCUUACAACCAGCUGCAUGGCCCCAAACUUCCAACCCAUAGCUGAGAUGGCUGUGGAACAAAGCAAAGUAAACAGUCAACAAAUACUGCUUUGUCAGCAUGGGUUUGAGCCUCCUGGAGGAGAUGUAAUGCCCUCGCAAGCCUAG